CCCAUGGGGAAGAUGUCCCUGAGGUCCCUGCGGGCGCUGCCGCUGCUGCUGGCCGGGCUGGGCGUGGUGUGCAUGGAGGAGAACGGCCCGGGCUCCGGCCUGGCCGUUCCCGGUUCCCGGCCGCUGCUGCGCCGUUAUUCCGAGGCCACCCUGGCCAGUGACUACAGCCGGACCAUGGACCACGUGCUCAAGAAGAACUUUGUGGAGUGGCUGCUGGCCAGGAGGGAGAAGAAAAGCCAUGACGCCGUGGAGCCGUUCAAGAGAGAGGCCGAGCCCCAAAAAGCGACCCCGGAGGGACAAAAAUUGGAUUUGGGAGCUCGAGGAGCUCCGGAUUUCCUGGAGUGGCUUUGGAAAAACAAGGAAAAACAAAGUUUUCCAGCUCUGGAAGGCUCCGAGGGCCUGAGGGAAUUUUUGGAGCAGGAAUUCCUGACGUGGCUGAUGUCUGGCGAGCUCUGCAGGACCACGUGAGCUCCUGAAAAUCCCUUUAUCCCCAAAAAUUUUAGUGUCUUUUUUUGGGGGUGGGGAGGGGGAAUCACAUUCCCACAUAAUGACCGAUUUUCUAAAAUUAUUUCAGGCAACUCCCACAAAAAAAAAAAAAAAAAAAAAAAAUUUCCAGCCAUUCCUGCCACAUUCCCUUAUUUUUAAUGGAAAAAUGUAAUUCCUGCAAUAAAACAGAGACAAAAAUCCCCAAAAAUCUCUGGAAAGAGGUGCUGGCGAAAUUUUGCAAUGGGGAAGUCAAAAAAAAAAAAAAAAAAAAGGAGAAUUAAUAAUUUACUGAACAAAUCAAAAUUGGGAAUAAGAGAAAGCUCCCUGUCCUUGCAGGAAAACUCUUUUUUCAAAUCUGUUUCCCCCCAAAAUUCCAGGGUUUUCCCACUGGGAAUCCCUUUGGAUGCCCAGGGAUCCACAGGUUCCAUGGGGGGAAAUUGGAUCAAUAAAAUUACUUUUUUUUUUUUUUUUUAAGGGUGUUUCCACAGGAAUUUUUAGGAAUUUUUUGUGCUUUUUUUCCCCCUGCCAGGACUGCGUAGCUCCAGAACUUUCCAUGGAAUUCCCACCUCAUCCCACGGCCAGCAGGAUUUUUCCCCUGGGAGCGUUUUCCUCAUGAAAUAAAGGAAUUUAAUUCAAAUUAAUAACUGUUAUUAAUUCCAUCAAUAAGAUCUGGGGUUUAAAACAUCAUGGAAAUCCCAAAUAAACAUCCUGGGAAUGCUGGAAUGGUUUGGAAGGGGUCCUAAA